AUGUUUGGGAUCCUGAUUUCCAUCCUGGUGCUGCGGCAGGUGCUCUCUGCCUGCAAUGUGGUGACUGUUUGCCCAGACACCACAGUGGUUCAGGCUGAGAUCGUUGACCAGCACAAUGGCUUCAGGAGAGCGGUGGAUCCGCCAGCGUCCAACAUGCUGAUGAUGAGCUACAGUGAGGAGGUGGCAGCCAGUGCUCAGGCCUGGGUGGACACAUGCAUCCUGGCUCAUGGAGAACCCAGCACCCGUAUGCUCAAUGGAUAUGAAUUAGGUGAGAACCUGUUCUAUUCGUCCAAAUCGUUCCCGUGGUCGGACGUCAUCGGCGCCUGGCACAGCGAGGUGUCACGCUUCCAGUUUCCCAAUAUAUCCACCAAUGGAAAAUCUAUCGGUCACUACACACAGGUGGUGUGGAACAGCUCCUAUAAAGUCGGCUGUGGAAUGAAGCUCUGCCCCAACAACAUCUACUUCUACGCUUGCCACUACUAUCGAGCAGGAAACUUCAGGUUUUGGCCGCCCUACAAAGUGGGAACCCCGUGUGCUUCCUGCCCCGGCGCCUGUGUAGACAACCUCUGCACCAACCCUUGUCCUUACAUUAAUGAGUUCAUCAACUGUCCAGCCGUGAAGGCGACGAUAGGAUGCGGCAAGUCGGUGGUUCCCCUGUGUCCUGCUACCUGCACAUGCACCGACAAAAUCAUUCCAAUAGCCUGA